UGCUCCUCCUCCUCGCGCCGUGACAAGAUGGCGGCGGUCGCCCAACGGUGGUUCCUCUGGCUGGCGCUGCUGUGCGGCCUGGCGGUCGCCCUAGGGGCCGAGGAGCAGAAGGGCAUCGCCGCCCCCGCCCCCCAGGCUCGGAAGAAAAAAGACAUUCGGGAUUACAACGACGCCGACAUGGCGCGCCUACUGGAGCAGUGGGAGGAAGAUGAUGAUAUCGAAGAAGGUGACCUUCCUGAGCACAAGCGUCCCUCUGCACCAAUAGACUUCUCGAAGAUUGAUCCCAGCAAGCCUGAGAGUGUCUUGAAGAUGACCAAGAAAGGAAAGACUCUGAUGAUGUUUGUCACUGUGUCAGGAGAUCCCAGUGAGAAAGAAACGGAGCAGAUCACUAAUUUAUGGCAGGGCAGCCUUUUCAAUGCCAACUAUGAUGUACAAAGGUUUAUUGUCGGUUCAAACCGUGCCAUCUUUAUGCUGCGUGAUGGAGGUUAUGCAUGGGAUAUCAAAGACUUCCUGAUCAAUCAAGAGAGGUGUGCAGAUGUAACUCUGGAGGGUCAGGUAUAUCCUGGCAAAGGAGCCCCGGAAAAUGAAAAACAGAAAAAUAAGACCAAACCAGAAAGAUCCAAAAAGAAAAAAGAUACAGAGAAGAAAUUUGGAUCCCUGAAAGACAACAACCGUGCAAGCAAACCAAAAGAAGAUCUAUGAUAAUAAGUUAAUUGGACUGAGCACCAUAUGGGGGGUGGGGGCAGAGGAAAGAAGAAAGAAACGAGGCUGUAGAGUGGCCUGUUGGAUUUCAAGUGGUCAGUUUACUUAUUCAUGAGGGUUAAUACAGAUUGCUGGUGUUAAUUUCUGACUGGCUCUGAUGCCUAAAAGAGGCACUUGAGCAUUCAAUUUACUAUUAUGAACGAGGAUGUGGGGGAAGCAAAGAAGUUUUGCUACCAGCUGUUUUGGAUGAGCCAGCAAUUUGAAUGGUUUAAAGUGAAUGAAUAAGCAGAGGAUGACCAAGAUUUUUUUCUAAACUUCUGUACUUCCAGGAUUUUUAUUUAAUUAAAAUAAAUUUGCUUUGAAACUCCUGCUGAUAUGUGGCUGGACUGGGUUGUCAGAAGUUUGGGAGACAAAAAAAGGGAAGAUUUAUAUAGUCUGAUUUGUCUCUUUAAAAUGUUAGUGGUUCAAUACUGCCCAACUAAUGUGGAGAUCCCCCUUCCAGCUGGAGUUAUGGUUUCACUUCUGUAAUGGAGCAGUUCAGGUCCUCUGGCAUAAUCAAUUUGAUUGAAAUAGCCUGAAAUAGGAAAAACUGUGGAUGGCCACUAGCCCCCAAAUCAAAUGCCAGCAAGCUUAGAGGUAUUUCAGAAUCACUGUAAGCAUGAAGGAGGUUGUGAGCAUGAAGGAGAUUAUUUGUAUGAGGGCAUGUUUUGCUUUUCUCCUGAAUGUUAACUGAGAAAGUCACAGCCCUGGGUUAAAAGUUGAUGGUCACAGUAUUGCUGUUCUUGGGUGCCAAAAUCUGCCAUAGAUAGUUGCAGUGCCUUCGUUUGAGGCAUCAUUCUUUUAUGUGUGUGUUUUAUGUGCAGACAUUUGACUUUCACUUUGAAUGCUUGUUCCAG